AUGGCUGCUGCCCCGCCGGUCCCUCCUCGCCCGUCCUCCGCCGCUGACCACGACACGCCGCCGCCGGUGCCCCCGUUGCCGCCCAACUUCCGCCCGUCCAGCGACGAAUCCCCGCCGCACUUUGAGGCGCCCUUGGCAGCCCCGCGCCCGACCAGAGCUGACCCAGACGUGCCAGCAAACAUGGCUCGCACCCUCGACGAGCAGCUCUCGCCGCCGCCGUUCCCCCCGGCUCCCCCGCCCCCGCCUCCCAACAACGCCCAAUGGUCCGGCUGGAACCCGUCCGUCUCCCCGCCACCGCCAGCGCUGCCCUACCCGGGCUCGCCCCCGCCCCCGCCGAACCAAACCCCCAGCGUCAACUCCCUCUCGUCCUCCAUGGCCGCCCUCUCCUUUGACGCCCCGCAGCAUCCAACCCACCCCCCGCGCGCCACCUCCGUCUACUCCACCUACGGUCCGCCUGCAAAACCACCCUCUCCGCCCCGCGCCCAGGCCGGCGUCCCCUCGCUCACCGCGCCCCUCCCCACCACCGCCUCCCUCGCCGCCGUCCUCCCCUCCGUCCAGCGCCCCGACGCAGACCCCGCCGCCCGCGUCUCCUGGUGCAAGGACGUCCUCGCCCUCGUCGACCGCGUCCACCACGCCGGCGCCGACGCCCCCGUCGGCCCCGCCCACAUCGCCGACGCACAGCUCCAGCGCCUCGCCGACCUCGCCGUCCCCAUGCUCCUCCAGAUCGCCGCCGCCACCCAGCAGCAGCAGCACCAGCAGAGCCCCAUGCCGCGCCACGUCGCCGAGGCCGUCUACCUCCGCGCCACCAUCCAGGCCACCGGCGCGUACCCGCAGUACUGCCCGCACAACCCCCGCGCCGCCUUUCGCGAUUUCGAGCAGGCCGCCAGGAGCGGGUACGCCGCCGCGUGGUUCAAGCUCGGGCGCGACUAUGAAAACUUUAACGACCUCCAGCACGCCAAGGACUGCUUCGAGCGCGGCGUCAAGCUCGGCGUCGAGAGCUGCUUAUACCGCAUGGGCAUGGCGCAUCUCAUGGGCCAGCUCGGCCUCCCGCCCAAACCCGAGCUCGCGCUCCCCCUGCUCCAGAAAGCCGCCACGCUCGCGAGCACCGACGUCCCCCAGCCCGCCUACGUCUACGGCCUCCUCCUCCUCUCCGAGUUCGCGCACGUCCAGAUCCCGCCCUACCUCUUCACCCCGCUCAUCCCCCCCGGCUCGUCCCUCCACGCCGAGGCGCGCCGCCACCUCGAGCGCGCCGCCUACCUCAACUUUGCGCCCGCCCAGUACAAGCUCGGCCACGCGUACGAGUACGCGCAGCCGCCCUUCCCGUACGACCCGCUGCUCAGCGUGCAGUACUAUUCCCUCGCCAGCCAGCAGGGCGAGAUCGAGGCCGACAUGGCCCUCAGCAAAUGGUUCCUCUGCGGCGCCGAGGGCUGCUUUGAAAAGGACGAGGCGCUCGCGUACACCUUUGCCGAAAAGGCCGCGCGCAGGGGCCUCCCGAGCGCCGAGUUUGCCAUGGGCUACUAUGCCGAGGUCGGCGUCGGCGGGCCCAAGGACAUCGACGCUGCCAGGAAGUGGUACACCAGGGCCUCGCAGCACGGCAACGCCGACGCGGCCGAGCGCCUCGCCGCGCUCAGCCAGCCCGCCCCGCAGGCGCUCUCCCGCCAGGAGCACGACGCGCUCACCGAGAGCCAGCUCGUCCGCAAGCGCACCCAGGCGAAGCAGCGCUCCGACGCGCGCCCGGGCGCGCAGCCGCCCCUCCCGCCGCCGGCCGCGGGGCACAGCCAGCGCGUCGUCGACGUCAUCCGCAAGAACUCGGUCGCGCAGGGGCCCGCGAUUCCGCAGCAGCAGCAACAACAGCAGCAGCAGCAGCACCCGACGCUCGCGACGCAGACGGGCGUGGCGACCCCGCGGCCCCAGCCGCAGCGCGCGCACCCGCAGGCGCAGCGCUACACACUCACGGACCCCGGCGCGGACCCGCGCAGGGCGCAGAGCCCCGCGCGCCAGCAGUCGCCCGCGGGCCGCCCGCCUGCGCAGAGGAUACCGUCCGGCGGCGCGCCCCUCCCGGAACCCAGUGCGGGCGAGAGCCCCAGGCCACGCCCGGCAAAGGGCCCCGCGACGUUUGAGGAGAUGGGCUUCCAGAGUAAGAAGUUGGAUGAUAAGGAUUGUGUGAUCAUGUGAGGGGGGUGGAUGGGUGGGUAGGGGAUGUCGACGACUUGCUGAUAGUACGGACUUUUUUUUCGUUUUGUCUUUUCCUUUGAUUCGCUAUCUUACGACUGUAUCCCGAUAUUCAGCACUCCAUGUAUUUAUUAUACCAUAGGCGUGGACGGAUCGAAUGCAUACAGAAAGUUGUCAGCUCCAUUUUGCGAGCCUGCCAGUC